CUAUAAAAUGACCGUUGCUAAAAUAAGAUGUGGUUCACGUAACGACUGCACUCGACUCUUCCCCCUUUCUCUACAACGAAUAUCACUCUCUAACUAGGAAGAAGCAGCAGCUAUGAAUUUGAUUAUUAAUGGAAACUAUGGCACCCAUGGAGCUCCAUAUGGCCUCAUCUCAAGCUAUCAUCGCCCACAGAGAAGCAUAUCUGGAACAUAUGUACUGCCAGUCAAAAUGAUGAAGAAAUCGCUCAGUAAAGACGAUUCCUCAAAAGAAAUACAGACGUCUUCGAAAAUUGACCAGAAAUUAAGCUUUAGAAUCACCACGCUAACGACCGCCAUCUCAGCUGCAAAUUUGGUUUCCAGUCAUACUGCACACGCAUUGGAUAUGGACGCAAUCAUGGAAACAAGUGCUUCUUCUGUAUACACUUUAGCUGAUGGAGGGCUUGGAGAUUGGUUUGGAGGCCUCAUGUAUUCAGCUGGACAGCAGGCAAAUGAAGCUGUGCAGGUUCAGCUAGGAGCCCUAAGUUUGACCAGUUUGGUAGUUAUAUUUGGUGCGGGUCUAGUGACUAGCCUUUCCCCUUGCACGUUAAGUGUUCUACCUUUGACCCUUGGUUAUAUUGGUGCAUUUGGAUCUGGAAAAAGUAGAGCACAGAUUGUAGGCGACUCUCUUGCAUUUGCAUUUGGUUUGGCGACAACACUUGCAUUACUUGGUGUAGCUGCCUCAUUUGCUGGCAAGGCAUACGGACAGGUGGGCCAGGGUUUACCAUUGGCGGCUUCUGGUUUGGCGGUUAUUAUGGGACUAAAUCUUCUAGAAGUAAUAGAGCUACAAAUGCCUUCAUUUUUGGACAACUUUGAUCCACGUGCAGCAGCUGCUAAUUUUCCUUCGAGUGUCCAAGCAUAUUUGGCUGGUCUUACAUUUGCAUUAGCUGCGUCACCUUGCAGUACUCCUGUGCUUGCCACCCUACUUGGAUAUGUUGCAGCAUCCAAGGAUCCCAUAAUAGGUGGCAGCUUACUGUUGACAUACACAACUGGCUAUGUUGCUCCUCUGCUUCUUGCUGCUUCCUUUGCUGGAGCCUUGCAGAGUCUACUCUCUUUCCGCAAGUUCUCUGCAUGGAUUAACCCUAUGAGUGGUGCGCUACUGUUGGGUGGUGGUGUUUAUACGCUUUUGGACAAGACUUUCCCGCCUACUUCCAUGACCAUGAUGAUGUAGUUAUUAUUAGUAUGAUUAUAGUGAAUUAUGUGUGUUUAAGGAUGCAACAUGAAUUAUAGAACAUUGUAUAUAGUUUCAUUGUUGUCCAGUCCAUCACAUCGCUUUAAGUCAUUAUAGUCGGAUGUUGAAAUGCAUAGUUAAUAUAUAUUUUGAGUUGUAAUACUCAGAAUAAAGACUAACUAUAUAUAUAUAUAUAUAAGAAUUUGUUUAAUUUAA